GCUAGAAGGAGAGGGCCAGGGUUUUCUCAUAGGUGACAUUUGAUGUACGACAAUCUGACCAUGCUGAACCUACAAAACAGCUCCAACUGGUCCGGCCCAAACAACUGGUACCACCCAGCCGACACCAUCACCCCUCAACACGGCACAGAUGGUUGUGUGGAGGAUCUGAAUGUGCAGAUGGCUGGAGCAGGGGAAGGAGUGGUGCAGGGAGAGAGGGAUGAGGUGGACGAGUCGCAGCUACACCUGCAGCUCAAGAGGAAGCUGCAGAGGAACCGCACCAGCUUCACCCAGGAGCAGAUCGAUGCCCUCGAGAAAGAGUUUGAAAGGACUCAUUACCCAGAUGUCUUUGCUAGAGAAAGACUGGCCGCAAAGAUUGAUCUUCCAGAGGCUAGAAUUCAGGUAUGGUUCUCCAAUCGGAGAGCUAAGUGGAGAAGGGAGGAAAAGCUGAGAAACCAGAGGAGAUCAGGGAGCAGCAGCAGUUCCUGUUCUCAGACACAUACUCCCCUGAGCACGUCCUUUAACUCCCCUGUAUAUCACUCCCAUCACAGCAACAGCUCAGGCUCAAUGCACAGUCGGAGUGAUUCGUCUCUCUCAGGCUAUAGCUCUCUGUCUGUCUUCUCCAGUAUGCAGUCUUUGCCCUCCCAGUCCACUCCAACUUACUCCUGCAUGUUGCCUCCAUCUCCUUCUGCUCUUCCUCCUCUGUCCCGAAAAUUUGACUCCUCAUCUUACACCUCUCCCCACCUUCCACCCCCACCUACGGCCAGCGCAAACACAGGAUUCUUUCCAGGUGUUUCUGCAGCGGGCCAGACCGCGGUUCAAGGUGGCGAUCAGGAGCUGGGACAAGGUCUGAGUCAGUACUGGACGAGACUGCAGUAAACAACACACUUUAUCAUAUUCAGACAAAACCAGCAGAGCUUCAAUCAGCAAAAUGUUUAACAGAAAAAAUGUGUCAGGAAACCCUGCUUAUUUUACACAAUUUAAACAUCAGGGAAGCAGUCGAUGUAAGCCAUAAUCCAGAAUUUAAAAAAAUCUCAAAAACCUGCAGAGACGAAGAAGAUAUGGACUACAGCAUUUUUACCCUGCACAUUUAUAGGCCUAGUCACCAUCUACGCCAGACAAUAGCACAAACUAGUCUGGUUAAUCCAGCUAUUGGUAGGUAAACAGUGCACUUCUAAAAUGCCUCUCAUUUAUGCAACAAAAACUGUUGUUUAAUUGAGGUGCCACUUACAAUCAAUGUGACAGACAGCGUGUGACCAAAAUGAGGAUGCUUUCAAAUUGCAUAUGUAGUUAUUAAGUUGUGCUUUUUAAAAGU